AUGUGCAGUCACGUGGCUGGCCACACAUCUGCUCUCUCUCUUUCUUUCUUUCUUUCUUUCUUUUUGUCUUUUUGUCUUUCUCUCUCUCUCUCUCUCUCUCUCUCUCUCUCUCUCACACACACACACACUCUACCUCUACCUCUCUACCACUCUAUACAUAUAUCUCUCUUCCUCCCUCCAUUCUUUCACUCAUGCGCGUACCCAUUUUUUCUUCUCAUUUCUUUCGUUAACGUUUCUUCCUUUCUUCCUUCCUUUCCUUCUUUCUUUUUUCUUCUUUUCUUUCUUAACGUUUCUUCCUUUCUUCCUUCCUUUUUCCUUCUUUUAGCCAUUUUUCUUCUCAUUUCUUUCGUUAACGUUUCUUCCUUUCUUCCUUCCUUUCCUUCUUUCUUUUUUCUUCUCAUUUCUUUCGUUAACGUUUCUUCCUUUCUUCCUUCCUUCCUUUCCUUCUUUCUAGCCAUUUUUUCUCAUUUCUUUCCCAUUUUCUUCUCAUUUCUUUCGUUAACGUUUCUUCCUUUCUUCCUUCCUUUCCUUCUUUCUAGCCAUUUUCUUUCAUUUCUUUCGUUAACGUUUCUUCCUUUCUUCCUUCCUUUCCUUCUUUCUAGCCAUUUUCUUCUCAUUUCUUUCGUUAAAGUUUCUUCCUUUCUUCCUUUUCCUUUCCUUCUUUCUAGCCAUUUUCUUCUCAUUUCUUUCGUUAACGUUUCUUCCUUUCUUUCUUCCUUCCUUCCUUUCCUUCUUUCUAGCCAUUUUUUCUUCUCAUUUCUUUCGUUAACGUUUCUUCCUUUCUUCCUUCCUUUCUUUCUUUCUAGCCAUUUUUCUUCUCAUUUCUUUCAUUUUUGUGUCGCUCUCUUGAAGAUUUCAUCAAUUUCUUUGUUUUCUGCGUGUAAUUUUUCGAGUUCAUUCUUCUCCGUCUUCUCUUACCUGUUUUUCCGUUCUUUAUUCUCUUACAGUUUCGAAUUUAUUCUUUCAAACUCAUUUGUAUUCCUUUAUUCCAAUCGUUCGUUUUUUUUUCCUCUUUCUUUUUGUCUUUCUUUUUGUCUUUCUUUUAAUUUUUUCCAGACCAGUUUUUAG